GUCAUUUAAUUUCCCUCCAAUUCGCUCGAAGGGCACGCAUUCAUUUUUUGGGUUUUUCUUUAUCCCCCCAUUCCCAUCAUUACUCUCGCUUGCACCACUCUUCACCAUUUAAAAAGGCUUCUCCCUCUUUCCUUCUUUUCUAAAAUCCAAUCCUCAAAACCAUGAUACUCUGAAAGAAAGCGGAGAUAAAGGUUCUCGUUGAAUCGGGUGGUGCAAGGUUAACAAAGUUAUCGAUUUUUUGUCCUUUUUGCUAGCCAUUUAGUACUAGGGGUGGUGCAAGAUUAACAAGGUCAAUUAGAUAUGGAAUCUGGAACGCAAGCAUUUCAACAACGCUCGCUAUCAGUGAAAUUGUGGCCACCUAGUCAUGGCACAAGGCUGAUGCUUGUAGAGCGGAUGACGAAGAAUCUUACAACCCCAUCCAUUUUCUCUAGAAAGUAUGGCCUAUUAAGUAAUGAAGAGGCUGAGGAGGAUGCUAAGAAAAUAGAAGAGUUAGCUUUUGCUGCUGCAGAUCAACACUACAAGAAGGAGCCUGAUGGUGAUGGUAGUUCUGCAGUGCAAGUAUAUGCCAAAGAAUCCAGUAGACUGAUGCUGGAAGCUAUUAAAAGAGGCCCUACUGUAAAGGAUGAAGAGAUAGCUGAUAAAACCAGUAUUCAUGAAACUGUCUUUGAUAUAUCUGGAGGUCGCAGGGCAUUUAUAGAUGCAGAGGAGGCUGAGGAGAUUCUGAAGCCACUUAGAGAGCCAGGAAAUUCAUAUACUAAGAUAUGUUUUAGCAACAGAAGUUUUGGCUUGGAUGCAGCAAAUGUUGCUGCACCCCUCUUGUCGUCCGUUAAGAAACAAUUAACUGAGAUAGACCUUUCAGAUUUUAUUGCUGGAAGGCCAGAGUCUGAAGCACUUGAAGUCAUGAAUCUUUUUUCUUCUGUCCUGGAAGGUUGUCAGUUAAGGUACCUGAACCUUUCAAACAAUGCCUUGGGUGAAAAGGGUGUUCGGGCAUUUGGGGCUCUCCUGAAGUCACAGAAUAAUUUGGAGGAGCUUUAUUUGAUUAAUGAUGGUAUUUCAGAAGAAGCUGCACAAGCAGUUUCUGAGCUAAUUCCUUCUACCGAAAAGCUGAAAGUUCUUCAGUUUCACAAUAACAUGACAGGGGAUGAAGGUGCAAUUGCUAUCUCUGAUAUUGUGAAACGUUCUCAUGCAUUGGAGGAUUUCCGGUGUUCAUCUACAAGAGUUGGCACAGAUGGUGGUGUGGCUCUAGCUGAAGCACUGAAGACAUGUACCCGCUUAAAGAAACUUGAUCUGCGUGACAACAUGUUUGGCGUGGGAGCUGGAGUUGCUUUGAGCAAAGCUCUCUCUCUGUUUGCAGGUCUUACUGAGGUUUACCUCAGUUACUUGAACCUAGAGGAUGAUGGGGCGGAAGCACUUGCCAAUGCUCUGAAAGAGUCUGCACCUUCACUUGAAGUUCUGGACAUGGCUGGAAAUGACAUUACAGCCAAAGGUACAGCUUCUUUAGCAGCCUGCAUUGCAUCAAAACAAUUCCUCUCAAAAUUAAACUUGGCUGAGAAUGAACUCAAGGAUGAAGGUGCUAUUUUGAUUGGUAAGUCAUUAGGGGAGGGUCAUGGUCAGUUGAAUGAAGUUGAUAUGAGCACAAAUGCUAUUAGGAGAGCUGGGGCAAGGCUUUUGGCCCAGGUGGUUGUGAAAAUACCUGGAUUUAAGUUGCUGAAUAUCAAUGGAAAUUUCAUAUCUGAUGAAGGGAUAGAUGAGAUUAAAGAAUUGUUUAAAAGUUCCCCUGACAUGCUUGGUUCUUUGGAGGACAAUGAUCCAGAAGGAGAAGAUUAUGAGGAUGAAGACGAAGAUGAGGAGAAUGCAGAAGAAGGGAAUGAAUUGGAGUCCAAGCUUAAGGAUCUCAAGAUCGAGCAAGGAGAGUAGUCAUAUGCUAUGCAUGCCAGCUGCUUUUGCGGCAUCCGAAAAGCCUGUCUAUUUUCUAUUUUGAUUUAUUAUAAGGUACUAUAGCUGUGCAACAUUAGUGUGGUAGAUCCAACUGUAGUUCAGGUUUGUGAAGCUUAAUUCCUCAGUCAAUUGAAACAUCCUGAAUUGUUGUAGCAUUAUUUAGCAGGGAGCUGAAUUUAGUUUGAACUUUUUACUGAGCUAUGUACUUCUUGGACAGUCUAUUAUCUUUCCUUUAGUUAUAGCUGCAAUGAACUAGGAUUCAGCAGUCUUAUGUUCCAGAUCA